AGAAAGCAACCGGAGACAGAGAAAAGCUGCCCCGGAAACUGUAAACACAUUUAUUCAGCACCACAGGUUUCAUUUAACGCUAUUACUAGGGAGAAUGGCGACAAAGCAGCAUUUUUGGAGCGACAGUGAGACAACAUUCAUGCUGGACGAAAUGAAAGAUUUGAAUAUUCUUCAGCUUCUCGACGGGAGGAAAUACAGGAACGGUGACAUGUUUAAGAAGCUGUCGGAUAAGAUGGCCUUGGCAGGGUAUACACGGAGUGUGGAGCAGAUCCGCACUCGCUGGAAAGUCCUGCGGCAGUCUUAUUUCAGAGCUAAGAGGCAGAGCAGCAGCAGCAGCAGCAGCGGGGUGAGUCUGGUGGACUGCCCGUAUUUCGACACCCUCGAAGAUCUUUUAGGACCAAUCCAUUUCUCAGCCACUGAGGGAAGCGGAGUAGAUGUAGGCUUCCAGGAGCUAACGCCAAGCCAGACAGCGGAGGAUGUGGCCUCAUCGCUAUCAUCACCAGAGUGUGUGGAGGACACGGAGACACGAGACAUCCAAGUGGAAGCUGAAUCAGCGCACCUCGUACAAUCAGCACCUCAGCAACCUUCCCCAGGCUCAAAAAUCAGAAAAAAGAGGCGCAAGGUUGAUCAAGACCACUACAGUUUCCUGGAGAAUUUGCAAAGACAGCAUCAGUCGUGGCUGGCAAGGCAGAUGCAGCAGCAGCAGGAGCGUGAUGAACGUUUCAUUUCAUCUCUUAUGGAGGCCAAUGCACAGGCUACAGAACGGGUUGUUUCUUUAAUGCUCGAUGGUCUCCAGAAGAUGAUUACUCCACACAUGAACAGCCCACAUUGUUCGACAGAAUUACACCAUCCUGCUCAAAACGGAAUUUCAAGUCCUCGGUCAUCAAUAAAGAAUGAAGACUUUGAGGACUAUGAAACAGGGUAGUGUAUGUGUGUAAACUGUUUGGCACAUCAGUAAAGCAGAGGCACUCUGCAACACAGAGCUAAGAAUGAAGUCCUGGUAAGCUCCAUAGAGGAACCACUGUUUUAUAAAUAGAGUAUAACACACAGGCAUGCUAUAUGUUGAACAGCAGCACAAGCAAAGCUGAGAGUAGCACAAGCAAAGUUACCAACAUGCAUAUUUAUAAAACCAUCACAUGAAAAAAAAUUGAUGCCCUUUUCUCAAAGCCAUAUAUUUUAUGUGCAUUUGUUGUCAAAACAGCUGUGCUGCCUUUGUGUCCUUCCUGCCUGUCCUACGUCCAAAACCGCUGGGUCAGUAAUUUAAUAUUUACUAUAUGACAGUUUGUUUAGAACAUUAAAUACUGACUGUUUAUACCAUAGCGUUGCUGAAUUCUCAAAUCGGAUACGUCAGAUGGCAUUAAUAAAUUUUCUAUGAGAGCAGGUGACAGUAGUGCCAGCUCUAAGUCAGAGACAGGUUUAUAUUCUUGUGCUUGUUCUAAUACAUUAUCUUUUCUAUAGUAACAGAUAACACAGUGACUUGUAUGGAAGAUGCUCUGCAAUAAUCUAAGCCUAAUAAUAUGGAUUAAAAAAGGUCUUGUUACUUAACAAGUAAAAACAGAUCGUUGAUAUGGUGAAACCAUGUUUUCCUCCAUGCGAAAGUCCUCAGGACAGAGGAUGUUGCGUGUUUAGGUUUCUUGGGAACAUGAGAAGCUACGUUUUUGUUGUUUUUUUUUGUCUUAUUAACUCCAAGAGAGAGAAAAAAGCCAGAUGCUGGUGAGACUGUUUAUACCGUAAUACUGGAACUAAAUUGUCUCACACACAUUCUAUAACAUUAAAUGCUACUAUAUAUGGUUAAAAAACAUGAUAUGUCAUUCAUUAAUAAAUUAAAAAUUGUAAUCAUU